GGUGAAUUCACUGAAGCUAUGACCUGCUUCAUGGAGCUUGCGAGCAUGAAGGACAGGAUCUCGUCUCUGGAGCGAGACACACGCGAUAUUCUAGUCAGUUUAGAUGCGCCGUCCUGGAGAAUUCUCGAGAUAGACACGGAGAUGUGUGAGAGGCUCCAGUAUCUAUUUGGCUGGCAGUUAGAGGAUCUCCAUACUCUACGUACAUGUAGAGAUCAUCAAGUGCCGUGUGUUGACUAGGGGUACGAGAGUAGUGAUGGGUCCCAGUGUUGAAGUAUC